UGAGAUGGCGGUCGCCUCACGGAGCGUUUAGACUGGUUCUGAUCCGCCUCGUUGGUCCCGAUUCAUCCUGAUCCCGAGCCGAGCCGAGCAGAGCCGAGCCAUGGAGGGGGGCAAGCCGAACCUGAGCCUGGUGUACCAGGCGGUGCAGGCCCUGUACCACGACCCGGACCCGGCCGGGAAGGAGCGAGCCUCGGUGUGGCUGGGAGAGCUGCAGAGAUCGAUGUACGCGUGGGAGAUCUCGGACCAGCUGCUGCAGCUCAAACAGGAUGUGGAGUCGUGUUACUUCGCCGCUCAGACGAUGAAGAUGAAGAUCCAGACCUCGUUCUUCGAGCUGCCGCCAGAAACCCACACGGCCCUCCGAGACUCCCUGCUGACCCACAUCCAGAACCUCAAAGACCUGUCCCCCAUCAUCGUCACCCAGCUGGCGUUGGCGAUCGCUGACCUCGCCCUGCAGAUGGCCUCGUGGAAAGGAUGCGUUCACACGCUCAUAGAAAAGUACAACAGUGACAUCAGCUCCAUGCCCUUCCUGAUAGAGAUCCUCACCGUGCUGCCGGAGGAAGUUCACAGCCGCUCACUGAGGAUCGGAGCCAAUCGGAGGACGGAGAUCAUCGAGGACUUAGCGUAUUAUUCAAGCACUGUGGUGACCCUGCUGUUACAGACGUCGUGCGUGGAGAAGACGGGGAACGAUGAGAAGAUGCUCAUCAAGGUGUUCCGCUGUCUGGGCAGCUGGUUCAACCUGGGGGUCCUGGACAGCAACUUCAUGGCCAGCAACCAGCUGCUCAUGGUCCUGUUCCAAGUCCUGCAGAGAGACGAAACCUCCACCAACCUCCACGAGGCGGCGUCGGACUGCGUGUGCUCCUCGCUGUACGCCAUCGAGAACGUGGAGACCAACGUGGCGUUGGCGCUGCAGCUGUUCCAGGGCGUGCUGACGCUGGAGACCGCCUACCACAUGGCCGUGGCCCGGGAGGACCUCGACAAAGUGCUGAACUACUGCAGGAUCUUCACCGAGCUCUGUGAGACCUUCCUGGAGACCACCGUCAGGAGUCCGGGGCAGGGCAUGGGGGACCUGAGGACCCUGGAGCUGCUGCUGAUCUGUGCAGGACACCCUCAGUACGAGGUUGUGGAGAUCUCCUUUAACUUCUGGUACCGUCUGGGAGAACACUUGUAUAAGAUCAACGACGCCGCGCUGCACAGCAUCUUCAGACCCUACAUCCAGAGACUCCUGCACUGCCUGGCCCGGCACUGUCAGCUGGACCCAGACCACGAAGGGAUCCCAGAAGACACGGACGACUUCGGGGAGUUCAGGAUGAGAGUGUCCGACCUCGUUAAAGACGUCAUUUUCCUGGUUGGUUCUAUGGAGUGUUUCUCUCAGUUAUAUUCUACAUUAAAAGAAGGGAACCCCCCCUGGGAGGUGACAGAAGCCGUUCUCUUCAUCAUGGCCGCCAUCGCCAAAAGUGUCGACCCAGAGAACAACCCCACCCUGUCGGAGGUGCUGCAGCAGGUGGUGUUGCUCCCCGAGAGCGUCCACAUGGCGGUUCGAUACACGAGCAUCGAGCUGGUCGGAGAGAUGAGCGAGGUGGUCGACAGGAACCCCCGAUUCCUCGACCCGGUGCUGAACUACCUGAUGAAGGGUUUGAGGGAGAAGCCUCUGGCGUCGGCGGCAGCGAAGGCGAUCCACAACAUCUGCUCGGUGUGCAGAGAUCACAUGGCUCAACACUUCCAGGGUCUGCUGGACAUCGCUCGCGCCCUCGACACCUUCGCCCUGUCCACCGAGGCCGCCGUCGGACUGCUCAAAGGUACGGCUCUGGUUCUCGGUCGUCUUCCUCUGGAGAAGAUCGCCGAGUGUCUCAGCGAUCUCUGUGCGGUCCAGGUCCUGGCCCUGAAGAAGGUCAGUCUUCUGUCUGCAGACUCUACAAACGGUAAAUCAGCUGAUCCGACUGUGUGGCUCGACCGGCUCGCCGUCAUCUUCAGACACACAAACCCCAUCGUAGAGAACGGCCAGACACACCCCUGUCAGAAAGUCAUCCAGGAGAUCUGGCCGGUGCUGUCGGAGACUCUGAACACUCAUCAGGCUGAUAACAGGAUCGUGGAGCGAUGCUGUCGCUGUCUCAGGUUCGCUGUACGAUGUGUUGGGAAAGGCUCCGCGUCACUGCUGCAGCCACUGGUCACUCAGAUGGUGGGUGUGUACCAGGUGUAUCCACACUCCUGCUUCCUGUACCUGGGCAGUAUCCUGGUGGACGAGUACGGCAUGGAGGAGGGCUGUAGGCAGGGUCUGCUGGACAUGCUGCAGGCCUUGUGCAUGCCGACCUUCCAGCUGUUGGAGCAGCCCAACGGGUUGAGGAAUCAUCCCGACACUGUGGACGACCUGUUCAGACUGGCCACCAGGUUUGUGCAGCGUAGCCCCGUCACGUUGCUAAGCAGCAGCAUCAUCGUUCACAUCAUCCAGUGCGCCAUCGCUGCGACCUCAUUGGACCACCGAGACGCCAACUGCAGCGUGAUGAAGUUUGUGCGUGACCUGAUCCACACCGGCGUGGCCAACGACCACGAGGAGGACUUCGAGGUGAGGAAGCAGCUGAUUGGCCAGGCCAUGGAGCAGCACGGCCAGCAGCUCAUCACCCAGCUGAUGCACUCCUGCUGCUUCUGCCUGCCGCCGUACACGCUGCCCGACGUGGCCGAGGUGCUCUGGGAGGUCAUGAUGUUCGACCGGCCGACGUUUUGCCGCUGGUUAGAAAGCGCUCUGAAAGGUUUACCGAAGGAAACGUCAGGAGGAGCGGUGACGGUGACUCACAAACAGCUGACAGACUUCCACAAACAGGUCACGAGCGCUGAGGAGUGUAAACAGGUGUGCUGGGCCAUCAGAGAGUUCACCAGACUGUUCCGAUAGUUGACACCUACAUACACCACCAGGUUAAAUCUUUUGUUGGCCAACAUUCAGAGGUGACGGCAAAAAGCUGCGACUGCAGACGAGGAUCCAAAGGGACGAGGUGAUGAUGACGAUGAUGAUGAUGAUGAUGAAGAUGGGACUUUGAAUGUGGGACUGGACGAAUCACUCUGAGGUGGACAGACAGUGAGGACUGAUUGGACAGACUAACUGAGGAGGAGUCGACCCCCCCCGACCUCACCUGCAGCAGGUGUCAGGUGGGCGGGGUCGGGUCCAGGAGGCGGAGCUGAUCCGGAUCAUCAUCAGUAAUAAUGGAGGAUGUGCCUGGUCAACAGUUUUUAAGAGAAGAUUUAUUUUUUGGACUUUGGUCGUGAUGUUUUUUGUCCGUGCCAUACGAAGAGCCAAACGAUAUCCCAUGAUGCUUUUGGCUGAGCGGCUGCCUGUGGGAGCUUGAUGCUGGAGGAUUUGGCGUCACCUUUGACCUUUUUAAGAUUUGGUUGAAUUUUAGUUGUUUUGCCACAAAGUGAGACAGAGUGAACUCUGGGAAAUGAGACACAGAGACUGACACCAUGACAUCAUUGGUGAUGUAGCCUUGUUGUAAACAAUAAAAAAACAACUGAAACA